AUGCGGCCUUUCCCGUCGCACGCGACCGCGUUCGCAGCUCGCAUCGGCGCUAAGCAUCCCAUCGUGCUCGCUCCGAUGCUUGCCCACACCACUCCUCGGCUGUGCGCCGCCGCGGCCAACGCUGGAGUCGUAGCCUUUGAAGGCGCCGGCCAGCUUGGCAAGGACGUGCUCGUUAGCAGGAUCCGCGAGACCCAGGCGAUGCUGAAUGCUGGUGCCGUCUUCGGCGUCAACCUGUUUGUGCCGUCCGGCUUCUACACGGACCCGAGUUCUUGGACUGAGCCGCAGGCGGCCGCCGUCGAGGUGGCGCGGGAGCGGUACGAAGGCUACCUGAGAGAGCUCUCCGGCGAGGCCGCCGGCACAGCGGCGCCCUCGCUGUCGCGGGAGGAGCACCAGGCGGUCUUCAGCGGCCAGGUCGACGCCCUCCUCGAGACGGGCGUGAAGCUCGUGAGCUUCCACUUUGGAUGGCCCGACGCUGCGGAGGCUGGCCGCUUGCGCGAGGCCGGGGCGACCCUCCAGGGCUGCGCCACCACGGUGGAGGAGGCGAGGUGGCUGGUCGACCAGGGCGCCGACGCCAUCAUCGCGCAAGGUGCAGAGGCGGGAGGGCACAGGGGCACCUUCAUCGACGCGCAAGACUAUCGGCGCGCGCUCGUCGAGGUGGUGCCGCUCGUGCGCGGCAUCGCCGACGCGGUGGACGUGCCCGUCAUCGCCGCGGGCGGCAUCAUGCGCGGCGGCGACAUCCGAGCCGUGCUCGAGGCGGGCGCGUCCGCCGCCCAGCUGGGGACCGCCUUCCUGUCGUGCCCAGAGUGCGGCACGAGCGCGAUGCACCGCGAGGCGCUGCUCGGGUACGGCGGCGAGGGCCGAGACGCCUCUGACCCCUUGCCGACGGUGGUGACGCUGGGCUACACCGGCAAGCCCGCGCGGGGACUGCAGACCGACCGCGCCCUCCGCAUGGCUGACCUCGAGGGAGCACUGCCCAACUGCUUCAACGGCAUGCUCGCCGGCCGCACGCUGCAGGCGGCGGCGCUUAAGCAAGGGCGCAAGGACGCGGCGUAUCUCUGGGCGGGCUCCGGGUAUGCGCGCUCACGCGCCAUGCCCGCCGCUGCCUUGGUGGAGACACUCGUGGCGGAGGCGCAAUCAUCGCAGUACGAGGGUUAG